GUACUUGUCUUGCUUAGCUAUACAGAAAAGCAUCAAAUUCAGCUCUUUGGAAGAGGACAUAUUGGCGGAAUUGAUAUCAAGGUGAACAUUCAAAAACAGCUGGGGUAUCUAACCACAGUCGAAAUCAGGGAAUUAGAUUGUUCAGAGAAGUGUUCAAAGUUAUGGAUGAAUAAGCAGGCAACAGAUGCAGGGGCGGAUCAAGGAUUUUUCUUAGGAGCGGUUGCAUCACUAAGGAAUGACGUAACUGACUGGUGACGUAAACAAAUUUUAAAAGCGAAUACCAAGAAGAAGGCUUUUUCAGGCUUUUGACUAGGCAAUAACAUAAUGUGAACUGCUGAGAAUACAUAUUACACGAUACAGCAGAAUUCAGACAAACUACCAUUUUUUAAGGGCGUUUAACAUAAAUUCUCCAACCUCGUCUCGUGUUUUACUUCAACACCAAUAAACCAGCAAUUUUUUUUUUGCCAAAAUACCAGUUGAAUUAGAAAGCCGCAGGUCAUCUUAAGGGGGCAGGGGGUGCGCGAACCCCUCCACCCUCCCCCUAGAUCCGCCCCUGAGGUGUACAUGUACACACUUCUUCAUUGUCAUUAUCAGCAUCCUUCGGCCUGAGCCGAGACUCCUCAAACUACUCCUUUCUACAUCGAUAUUUUUUAUAUUAGCCAUCACAAUGGAGACCUCCAACCCCGGAAGGCGUCAUUGUACUUCUUUCACCAUAAAAGUUAGCACAGUUAUUUUUAUUGAAGAAGGUUCUAAAGUUCUCUCAUGAACGUCUUGAUACUAACUUGUUUCCAUUCCCGCUGAAACUCGUAGUAGAAUGACGACAGCUAUCGUGUUUUCCCGCCAAACUAACGCUGGCCCACGCGCGUGGGAGGCUCGGCUGUGCAUUAGAAUGUUAAUAUGUAGUGAGGUUACAGGUUGUAAAGUAAAAAUCCUUGGAAAAUGAAUUUUUUUUCUUCCCAGUGGCAAAAGAAGGAGACAGGAAAGUUUUAUCAGGAAAUGUUGGAGACAAGACGAACUGUUGAGGAAAAGACCCAAGAGGCGUAAGUAUCUUAUCCUGCUAAUAAUUAACAAAAAAACCACUAACACUGACGCGAAUUGCAUUUGAAAUUAGUUCAAUCCUAGAAGAGAUGAAAUUGUCCCGAACGGGACAAAUGAUGUCUUAUGUCCGCAUUGCACUGUGAUUAGUGUACGUUUGCCGUGCAUUGUUGAAAAGCCUGGCUCCAGCGUACAUAUAUGUCAAUCGAGGUUUUCAUUGUUGGCCUGUUAGAAAACUUUGAGUCUGGACAUAGUUAUUAGAGGAGACUGGUUAUGAAAGGCGGCAAACAUCAAUGAUAAAACCAACAGUGCUGCAGUUUAUGUUCAAAGCACCGUGAAAGUGCACAAUCCUUUGUGUUCUGUUGACAAAUUGUCACGGAAUAAGUUAAUGCAACGUUUUUAUUGGUCAAUACAAUCAAAAUGAUAGGAAUUCUUUUGAACGUUGUGCUCUUUCAGGUCCACAAAAACAUAUAACAAAGGAGUCUGACGGGUUUCAUAACCACUCCACUCAAUUAACUAUGGUCUGGAAAAAGAAAGUUAUUGUCUUAGAAAAAGUCCGGGAAAAGCCUCGAAUUUUCCGCCAUCCAAAACUCUGUUCGAACCAUGCUCCAGUUGUGGAUACUAUUUCUGCUUCUCUAGGUUAUCCGCUCAAGAGAGCAUCAACUGUAAUUAUUUGAGAGAUUUAGCAUAACGUUUACGGCAAACGGUAAACGUCAAAUUUAAGUGGACAAUUUCUCAAAUUUGGAAAUGAGAAGGUAAAAACUGUCCAAAAUCCUUCUUACUGAUGAAACUCUGUGGCAUAAGACUUCUAAUAUUAGAGAGCUUGAGAUCUGAGGACGAGGACGAGAUUUAACUUAAAGUUUUUGCGCGUGUUCUCAAAGAAACAGACACCACGGAAAGCUUCAGUGUACUUUUUCACCGAAAAAGUCAGUACAGUUAUUUAUACUGAAGAAAGUUAAGCCCUCUCCCGAUAGCAAAAUGAUAAAACUUCUUACAUUUGAUAACUUAUUCCCGCCACUACGACAUUCUCGUUGAUCAUUCUUGUGAAACCCGUUGUAGAAUAACGACGGUACGUUAUCACGUUUUCGCGCCAAAGUGACGCUGGUUCACGCUUGAGCAAUACUCAGUAUUGAGAAAGUCUUGUACUCGUAGUCGUCCUUGUCAAAGAAUCUAAGAGUGCGUCUCUUUACUAAAAUCAAAAUCCGCAUUUUUAAUCCGAUCUCGGAUUUUAGUGAAGAAACGUACCCUGAAGCUCUGUAUUUAUGUAGAUAUAAAAAACAAUAAACGACAAGUAAAUGGGAAACUUGAUCACGUGGUACAAAUUUCCGUUUGCCGUUUGUCGUAAACGUGACUCGUGGUUCCUUCUUUUUUAGGACGCGAAUAAAGAAGCAGCGUGAUCAGGAAAGACAGCGUGCGUUCGAUGAUCGUCACUGGAGCAAAAAAUCCUUGGAGGAAAUGGUGGAAAGAGAUUGGCGGAUCUUGGGAGAAGAUUUUGCCAUCUCUACAAAAGGCAAGAGAUUCUUGGACAGGCUGUUGAAAUCUUGUCGUUUUUGGUCCUGGCCUGGGUUUAUCUGUUUUUUUUUUCUUUUUGUCUGUGGAUUACUCUGCGCACUGUUAAAUGCUAACAUUGUUGCAGUCUUAAUCGUCAUUUCCGUCGCAACUGAAGAAAAACAACAACUGAAGUCUUAUUACCCAAGGAAUGAGCUGAUGACCAAUAAAUACUCUUAGCUACAAGGAAUUUUUUUUUUUUUUCAAAAAAUAAGAACCAAUUUAAGAACCUAAAUAGCCUAAUUUUGUGCUAAUUACCAUUUAUGUAACUUGAACCUGUUAAGGCUAACUGGGGAAAAUAUAGGUUCUUACUCACGGGUUUUUACUGUAUUUUCUCCCUCCUCAUUGCAGGUGGCAAGAUUCCAUUUCCUCUGCGCUCGUGGAGAGAAAGCACCCUUCCAACUUCAAUAUUGGAUAUUGUAAACAAACUGCAAUAUGAGGUAAGCCGGUCAUUUUGAUACAAAGUCGUUUCGAUACUAGUCGUUCGAUACGAACUCAAGAAGUGAAAUUGCGCAAGAAUUUCGAUCACUUCGAGUAAAGUUUGCAGUUGAACAAGAAAUACACUUUGGUUGAAUAUUCUUCGUUCUUUAAGCCAAGUACGUGAAACUAUUUACACCUCGAAGGAGCUAGCUUGUAUCGAAACGACCGGUAACCCUUUAGUUUAGUCACUUAUCUCCCCGCCCCAAAUGUCACAACCAGAAUGGCGCUGGUUUAAUUUUCACAUUCAAGUUAAACUGUUUCUUUACAUCGAUAUUCAUGGUUUGUAAUGUUUGGAAGACGGAGGCAAUGUUAUUAUUCCUUGCUCACUUGGUAUGAGGGUUUGACUGUCAGAGUAUACGUUGAUAAAAAAUCUCGAAGCAUCAUCGGCUAUGCUUUUCUUAAUCUAGUCACUUAUUUAACCACAGCAGGGCUGCCUCAGUUGGUAGAUCAGCAAUGGUCGCAGAUAAGAAGGGUGCCUAGUUUGAUCUCCGGGGCUAGAUCAGCACUCAGGGUUACAAAAGAACUGAGAAAGAAGGUCCUGCGUCUUGCGCGGCUUGGAUGAUCACUUUGAAUGCAAUUGACUUUUGAAAAAAGUCGAUUUUUUUAUUUAUCUUCUUUUUUACUUGUUUAUUUACCGGCCAGUUUCAUCUACUUAAAAGAGAAAGAAGUGAUCUUAUCUGUAGGGCAGAGUUUACGCUCAGAAUUAUGUGAUUUUCCCAUGUAAAAAAGUUCUUUUAACUCGUACAAAUGUUUCAUUUUUCCAAACCAAAAGUAAAGCUUUGGGACAACUCGUACAUUAUCUAUCCUGUGUGUUCAUAGGAACCAACACCAAUUCAGCGCCAAGCCAUUCCUAUUGGACUUCAGAACAGGGACAUCAUAGGAGUAGCUGAAACAGGUGAAGUGAGAACUCAGUAGGGGUGACUAUUGGGAAAAUUUUAACUAUUGUACUUGUAUUGCAAUAGGUCACACCGAUAUUGAGAACAGGCGAUAACAAUUUUUUUUUUCAAUAAAAAGGUAGUGGUAAAACAGCAGCAUUUCUGAUUCCUUUAUUGGUGUGGAUUAUGGGGCUGCCAAAGAUUGAACGUGACGCAGAUGCUGAUAAGGGACCUUAUGCUGUAAUCUUAACUCCGACCAGGGAACUGGCACAACAGGUUAGUUGGUCAUUUCGCCCUCAGGCGAGUUGGCAUAAGGGCCUCAUGUCAACUCACCGGGGAACUGGCACAACAGCUUAGUUGGUCAAUUCGGCCUUAGGUGAGUAGGCAUGAGGGCCUCAUGUCAACUCGCCCCAACCAUGUACUUUCGCCCAAACAGAUGAGGCUCGCGUGCAAGAAUUCACGCUUCCGUUGCGUUGUGCCUUAAGAGCAGCGGUUAUUUUUUUGGAAAAAAGCCGAGUUCUUGUGGUCUACCUACAUUCAUGGGAUUAGUACAUACGUACAUACAUAAUUUCUUGUUUCCUUCCCAAAGGGGCUUUUCAGGAGCAAUCAUUAUUUGCAAUUAUUACAGUUAAUUACAACACUUACAUUAUUACUGAUUACAGUGCUUAAGUUGUUACUAAUUACAAUACUUAACUUAGCUAAGAAGCAUUUACAAAAUUAUCUAAAAGCUUGUUCCUUAAGACAAUAGUACGCCUUCUUGUCAGCAGGAGGGGCUAAAUUACCGUAAACUAUCAGUUCGAUUAACUCACCAGGGUUCGUGCCGUAGGUUAAAAGUAAGUACUUUUAUUGUUACAAAGGUAUACCGCGGUAAAUCAGAGCCAACGGUACGUUUGUUUUUCUAAUCUUGCCAGAUCGAAGAUGAAGCUGCCAAGUUUGGUCGUCCUCUUGGCGUCAGGACAGUGUCCGUGAUUUGUGGGGUAAGAAAUCUACGCAUAAGUCGACAGUGUCGUUAUCAAUGGUGUCGUAGCUACCCUGGGUGCAAUGUUGGAACAGUGUUGGAACAAUUUAAAACAAUGUUGCAACGCUGUGUUGUGCUAAAAUCGUCCCGUGAACAUCACCUCAAAUCAUGUUCGCACAUCGAAUCUGCCUUAACGAGGUACAACGUGGUUCAUCCCACAUAUUGUUAGAGCGGACAUCUGUGGCCAGGACAUGUCGUAGCUCGUGUGGUAGGAGUUCCCGAAUGGAACAGGACAAAGCUUUCUAACCGUGCGUUUAUUCCUUCUACAACUUCCCUCUGAGCUUAGAAUGGCUUUCCUAUAAUUCGUAGAGACAAUUGUGGCUCGGUUUCGAAAAUGAAGUGAUUCCCUGAAAAAUGCGUGAAACAGAAUUUCAUGGUUGUUGAGCCUGGAUGUAGUCGCUUAUCAGAGAGUCUAAAUACUGCGUUCGUGUCAAAUGGGAUUUUGAAAACUAUAAGAGAGAUAGGCACUCAGCCAUAAAAGAAUACAUAAAAAGUCAAUUAACACCUACCUUUUAUACAUUUUAUCUCCAGCUUUCUCGCGAGGACCAAGGAUUUCAGCUAAGGCUUGGCUGCGAGGUAAGCUAAUCUGUUCCCCUUUCGUACGCUGAAACUAGCCUUCGUGGCCAAACCGAGAGAGGGAGGAGGGACUUCCCUCCUCCCUCGCACGCUCCUCGCGGUAUCGUGCGCCCGUAUUCCCCCUCCCCCCUUCGCCCGAUCGAACUCCUGCCUCGUAAGCCACACUACAACGCACUCUCCAGACAAAGAAGGUGAAGAAAAAUUCAUUGACCACUUAGGAAAUGGGAAGGAAACUGGGCCCAUUUGUCGAAAAGUCCGGGUAACUUUUCGGACCCGAAACAAAUAUUCAAAUCGAAAUAUAAAGAAUAAGAGCGCUGGUCCUGGCCAGCGAACUACUCCAUUUUGUUUCAUUUACUAAUAGUCAUGUUAGAUGCAAAACUAUUGAAACCUCGAUCUUUAAUGUAAACGGGAGACAGCUUACCGGGCCCGUUAAUAAUCGGGACUGUCGGCGAGAAACGGGCCCCUGGAGCCGAAAUGCGUGCCGCAUUUGUUUCUGGGAUGGUUACUAGGGAAGCGCUGGUCAGCUAUUGGCCAAUUUUUUUUCAUGUCCCUAGUAACAGUCCCAGAAGCCUUUGCAAAAGUUAACUCGGCCCAGAUUCCCUCUCCUUUUUAAAGUGGCGAGUUGUAGAGAAGUGUUUGUUGCCUUUUAUGUUAACAUGUAUCGCUGAGUACUUACUCCGUUAUAGUUUUCUUCUUCAGAUUGUCAUUGCUACACCUGGUCGUCUGAUUGAUGUACUCGGUAAAUGUUUUCUUUAUAUUUCUCAUGAGCGAAUCCUUGCGCGCUAAUUGGUCGAGAGCUAUGGUUUAUGAGAGUAUAGACCAUGGAAAUGACGUAACAUGUCACGCAGUGCCGGUUGUUUUGUUUUUGGUUUUUAGUAAAAAAAAUAAAUGUUUUUAUUGUAAAAAACAAAUCGCCAUAAAAUGUUCAAACCUCUGCAGUGAAACCACUCGCCUGCGGCUCGUGGUUUCACUUGAGGUUUGAACAUUUUAUGACUUUAUUUCUGUGGUCUAUAAGAGUGUAGACCAAGGAAAAUUGUGGUCGAUUUGUUAAGUAUCACAAGAAGAUCCGAAAACUACAGUCAUAGGUUUUUUUUAGCGUUUUUUCGAAAUAAGACUGUAAUGUUAAAAAAAAUACGCCAUCCUCUUAUUUUUAUGUUUGAGUCUAGUUUUACCCUAACCUUUCUUAGCCAAGUAAAGUUGUCUUUUCCAAAGGUUGAGUUUGAUCGUCCAGGUGAACGUAGUCCUGAACAGGACUGUUGUUGUUGACAGUGACUGACGUUUCGACAACCUGUGCGGUAGUCAUCUUCAGAGUCAAAGUGAGUUUUAUCACGUCAGUUGAUGGUAUUAUACUCUGGUUAUUGAUCUGAUUGGUCAAUUAUGUCGCGAUGCUAUUGGUCGUCUGUCAGUUAAGCCGUGAUGUUAUUGGCUAUGAAGACUCGUAAUCAGUGAUUGGUGCGUUUUGAUCCGUCUAUUGUCACAGUUAAACAGUCGUCUAUUGUUAGUCAAAUUGUCAGUUCUCCAGUUGUUCUCUCGUAGUUAGUUUUGCUUGAUCUCGUCAAUAAGUCGUCUGUACGGCGCUGGUAACUGUUGGCUACGAUUCAGUGGCGUUUGUUCUAAGUUAGUAAACGAGCUUCCUAAAGUAAGACGUUGAUAGUAGUCUGUAGAAUACGUUAUACAUGUCGCAGAGUCCUAGUCAAUUUGAUGUUUCGUCUUUAAAUGGUGCUCUGCAAUGUGAUUGUUGACGUCACCAUUCCUCGUCGCGCGUUUGUGUUCGGUCAGUCGCGUGCUUAGGUUUCUGCCGGUUUCACCAAUGUAAGAAGCCUGGCAGUCGCUGCAUUUGAUCUUGUAUACUGCUCCCUGUCUGUCCUCCGGUUUGUCUUUGUCCUUGACAUUAGUAAGCAGUCGCCGUAAAUUGGUUAUCGGUUUGUGCGCAACACGUAUAUUCUAAGGUUGUAAUAUUCGUGCAAUAGUUACAGAGGUGCCCCUGAUGUACGGUAUAGUCGUUGUCGUAACAGGGCCAGAGUUGUUCUGAGAGUUGGAAUCAGUGUUACUGUGAGUGUUCCGUCUAACAAAGACCGUGUUGUAAUUGUUCUUACUAGAAACGUUGUUAAGAUAAUCAGUCUCGUCUAUAGUUGUCUUGUGGUAUCGUCGUAAGUUUUAAGAUAGGUUAAAAAGGGCAGGAAAUUUUCCUUCAUCAACGGCCUCUGUUACUGCAAUCGAUGGAGGUUUCAAUCCAGGACCCCAGUCCUAACUCUAUUAGUUCUUGCGCUACUGUUCCUCUCCAUGUCUCUCAGGGUUUCUGUAUUUUUAGUCCCUUCUGGUGCCCAUUUGAUGGCGGUGCCGGUGUCGGAAUUGGGUAGAGUUAAACUAAGCUAAGUUAUACAAAAUUUAAUUUAAGUUAGUCUAAGUUAAACAAAAUUUAAGGCUUAAAAGAAUUUAACGGUAUCCUCUCUUAGAGACGCGAUUGUAAAUCUAUGGAGUUGCAAUUUCGUUGUUCAUAAGAUUUGAAGUAAUUGGUUGAAGCUUUUUGUUCUUCUUUCUUCUACAGAAAAUCGAUACCUUGUACUUAGUCGCUGUUCAUAUAUUGUUCUUGAUGAGGUGAGUAGUUUUAAUUUGUUUUUAUUUUUAUUAUUUUUUUUUUGCGUUAUUUUGAAUCCGAUAAAGAAUAAGCUGUUUUACAUAGGAAAAUGCGGUGGAAAGCCCUACUCCUUACUCAAUCAUUCGUCUGAGCCAUGUGUAGGCGAAUAUGAACUGUAUUUUAUUCCAAGGAUUGUCAGGCUCGAUUCCUAAAGGUUACAACACUCCGAAGGGUCCAACUUCUAAAGGAUUACACAGGAUUCCACAGAUUCAAUUCACUAAAGGCUCACAGAUCGUCGAGAUGGCUACAAGAACGCAACACGUUUUUCGGAUCUCUCCCAGAAGGCCUAGCGCGCUCCUAAACUCUUACGUCAUCGCGCACACUCCCCCCCGUGGACCAUGAAGAAUGAUCCACCUUCUAUACCUAGAAUCAAAUAUCGAAAAGAAAUAAAAAAAAAUAAUGAUAUCACUCAGUGAAUAUAGUCUCUCUCAAAAAAACUGUUCAAUGUUCAAAAUACAUAAACAAACUUAAUGUUCGUCUUGUUAUUCAGCAAUCCACUGUCUUCUUCUUCGCUCUCCCUCGACUGCAGCUCUACGCCGCUCUCGAUUUCCUCUCGCUCGACCUUGCGUCGACUGUUCCGGUGAUUCAAGUACUUGUUCCUGAGGAGCUGCUUCAUUCGUAGAACAGCUUACUUCCAGUGGGUACAACAAUUGUAGCGGUCUCCUUAAGAGUCCACCUCCACUUGAUCCUCUCCCUUGGACUCUGACCUCAGCACCUCUACUCUGCCCAUCCUUGCUCAUCAGAAGCCGUUCCACCUUGCCCAUCUUCCAGUAAGAUCUUGGGUGGGUUUCGUCAUGAACCAAUACCAGAUCUCCGACACACACUACCCUUGAUCCCGCCGUCUUCUUCAAUUGGUUAUGGGCAUUUCGUAAUUCAAGAAGGUAUUCUGCUCUCCAACGCUUCCAAAAAUGAGUCAGAAUCAUAUCAAGGUGUCUUGCUCUUCUGCUCAUGUCGUCCGACGAAAUUCUAAAAUCUGCAUCUGCAGGACUGUCUAUUUCAGGAAGGGCGCCGAGUCUUCGACCAACAAUGGGGUGGGACGGUGUGAGGGGUUCUUCCAGGUCCUCAGAAGAGACAUAUGAAAUGGGUCGGCAAUUUAAGAUCAUUUCAGCUUCUGUAACAACAGUUACAAGUUCAUCAUAGGAAAGCUUGGCUCGGUCGAUUGUCUUCUUAAGACAUCUCUUCAGUGACUUGACAAGUCGUUCGUAAAAGCCUCCCCACCAUGGGGCUUUCUCUAAGUUGUAGGACCAUUUGAUCUUCUCUUGAGCAAAGUACUUAACAACACUGGGAUCAUUUGUAAUCUUCUCAAGCUCCUUAGAAGCAUUCUUGAAUGUAUUGGCAUUGUAUGGUACCACUAAAGAAGGCCUUGAACGACGAGCUACAAAUCUUCUGAAGCACCUCAGAAAUGCCUCUGAAGUCAUAUUGGGCACAACCUCGAAGUGGACCGCCCUCGUAGAACAACAAGUAAACAAACAAAUCCAGACCUUACAUUCUUCGUCACUGGUAGACUUCACAAAAAGAGGUCCAACAUAAUCCAAACCGAUGUACGAGAAUGCAGGCGCCUCUUUCACUCUGUAGUUAGGCAGGGGUGGAGCUUGUGGAACCUUAUACGGUUUCCCUUCAAACUUCUUACAAACUGUGCAUCUAAACAACAAACUUCUGAUAAAGUAUCGGCCUCGAACAAUCCAAAAGUUCGAUCUCAACUCGGUGAGUGUUUCCUUAACUCCUCCAUGCAUGACUCUUUCGUGACAUCUCCAGACUACAAGUGUAGUUAAGUGGUGGCUAGCGUCAAGCAAGAUUGGAUACUUCGCAGAAUCUGUAAGCUCGCUGUUCCCGAGUCUACCUUGACAUCGAAUAACUCCCUUAUCGUCCUCAAACAACCCUAGCUGGUGCGACCUCAUCUUAAACUUCUCCUUACUCUUCAUCUCUCGUUGUACUUCCUUGAUCCAUAGAAGUUCGGCUUCUUCUAUGUCUGCACCGGUCACACGUAUCUCCGGCUUUUGAUUCACAUCUCCCUGUCGCUGUGCCUUUAAUAGCUUAAUAAACUUCAGAGCUAAGGCUGUAACUCGCAGGAGACGUCCAAGAUUACUGAAGGCUUCACCUUGAAUGAUAUUACACAGCAUAGUAGGUUCACUGUUCAUUGCAAGAGCAGUCGUUACUGUCUUCCGAUCCUUCACCCUCAUUUCUACAAGGCAGGCUUCGGGGACUGGCUCUUCCGCAAUCUCCUUCCGAUUCUCCAGGCCUUCGAAACUAGUCAGCCACUUGGGACCAUUCUACCAUAGCACACUGUUCUCCAACUCACGACAGUCCAUACCUCUAGAGAGUAAGUCGGCUGGGUUGUCAGCCCCUGGACAAUGAUUCCAGCAUUCUUCAGGUACAAGCUUUCUUAUCUCGUCAACACGGUGCUGAACAAAUGGUUUCCACUCCUUCUGGCUCUGAACAAUCCAAUACCAGGCUAUCUUGGAAUCUGUCCAACAAAACAAUUUGUCAAUCUUCAUCUCAGAAGUAAGUGCUUCCUUUACGCUAUGGAUCAGUCUGGACAGGACUACCGCGGAUAACAGUUCUAGACGCAGUAUGGUCUGCUCCGAGAGAGGUGCUACUCGUGUUUUUUAAGAUACAAAUCUGACAUAACUUGCACACGUCGUCACAAUACGCAGAAAGACCACCGCACCGUAUGCCUUAGCUGAUGCAUCACAGAACCCAUGCAGUUCACUCGCAAUCACUUCCCCUUCCGUGCCAGCAUAAUAACAUCUCGGAAGAGUAAGAGGUUUAACACCCUGCGGUUGUGUCACCAAUCUCUGCCAGAUUGACUUGCAAGAACCUUCCAGUGGUUCGUCCCAGUCUCUCUUGUCCUUGCACAACUCUUGAAACAGGAUUUUAAACUGGACUGUGAUCGGAGAAAUCAGACCGAGUGGAUCAUACAUUUUUGAGGCUGUGCUAAUCACGUUUCUCUUAGUAGGUUCUACUCUCUUUGCUAAAGAGGCAGUGUUUGUAAAAUCAAAGACGAGGUUGUCAUUGUGAUAGUUCCAUAGAGUCCCUAAAAUUCUUUGAACGCUAACAUCUUCAACUGCACUUCCUAGAACACUUCUUGAAUAGGUCAUAUCUUCUUCUUCCACGACGUUUGUGUCUACUACUGGUGUUUCAACAACCUGCUUGUCAACAUUCCCUCCAUCUCCAGAAGCUGUUUCUCCUGAGACUAAUCUCUCAUUGUCCUCAAUUCUCGCUCGCAGUUCUCCUGAAUUUGUGAUAAACUUCCGCAAAUUGAAACCUGCUUCCCUGAGCCUCGAUUUCGAUUUCACAUAGAGCUCAAAGGUGCUGUCCACGUCACUGUCCCCCGAUGUCAAGUCAUCAACAUAGACACUUUCAAGAAACUUCCGGGUAAUAUCAGGGUCACAUUGUUCAUACUGCUCUAUAUGAUGUUUAAUUGUGGCGUUCAGUAAGAAUGGGCUUGAAGACAGUCCAAACACAACACGUAUAAACCUCAGUGUAAUAACUUUAGGUUCAGCCUUAUCGAUGUCAUCGACCCACAGGAAACGGAGUACAUCCUUGUCAGUUUCAUUCAUAUGGACCAUUAAGAACGCCUUCUCAAUGUCUCCCACCAGAGCUACUCUGUGAUUUCGGAACCUCAACAUAAUGUCAAAGAUACUUUGUGUAAGCGCAGGACCGGCACGAAGACAAUCAUUUAAUGAAGCUCCAUCUGACUUGGCUGAGGCGUCAUAUACAAUUCUUAACUUUGUAGUUGCCUUGUCUCGUCUGAUAACAGCGUGAUGAGGGAUGUAAUGGACGACAUCAGGCUUGGUUUCUUCAUUCACAACUUCCACAAUUCCUCUUUCGAUUUGAUCCUUUAUAACACUGUCAUACUCCUUCAGGAUGUCUGGCUUCUUACGGAGUCGACUGAGCAAAUCUUGCAAUCUUCGAAGACUCAACUCAUAGUUUUCAGGGAGUGGUGGAUGUGUAGCCUUCCACGGGAGACUGACCUCAUAGUGGUCUCCCUUGUACAACAACUUCUCAACAAACUCUUCAUAGACACUUGGCGGCUUCACACCGAGAGACUCUAAGUCCCAGAACUUCUUCAACUCUCCCUGAAGACCAUCAUAGGACACUUGAUCAGUAGCACAUUUUAAGACAUGGGUUGUCACAAGAUUACUUCUCUGUUGAUUUUCUACACUCCCUAAGCAAACGGGUCCUGAAAGUACCCAUCCCAGUUUGGUGUGAACAGCUGUAGGACCUUGGGCCCCUUUAAUGGUGUGGCCAGUCACCAACUUCCAAUAAUAAUCUGAACCAACUAGAAUGUCAACACCAAGAGUCUCUCCUUCGGUACAAAAGUCAGCAAGUUUGAGUCCAGAAAGGCAGGGGUUAUUUUUCACUGCUAGUUCCACAGGUUGGCCUUGUAAUGGUUGACAAAUCAGAGGCAAUGUAAAAGCUGACAGUGAAAGGUCUGGUUCUCCGUUUAGCUCUACUCCUAGGGCCACAACUUCUACCAACUCUAAUCUUUCAACGGUACUUCCAAAAGUUUUUAUUGAGACUUGCUUCUUCUCUAGUGUAGGUAGUUGAAGAAUGUUCUUCAGGUUGUUUGUAAGAUAGGUGCGCUGACUUCCACUGUCCAAGAUUAUUCUAGCCCUGACCUUAACCUCUGGCUGUUGAGGAUUGUACACCACGGCUUGGGCAGUUUGAAGGAACACGGGUGUAGUGGAAUCAUUAUGAAAAACGACACUAUUGCUUGCAGUUUGUGCUGUUAAGCAUUGCUGUUGUGGUCCUGGUGUUUCAGGUUUCGUUGGCUGCAAAGGACUCAGGUUGGCUGGGCAAAUACUAACAUGGUGUCUCCCCUUGCAGUUAUGACACUUGAAUUUGGCUGAGCAGUUACGACUAAUGUGAUCUUUUCGCAGGCAAACAAAACAUCUCCCGUACUUCUUCAAAAGCUCCUUACGAGCUAGUACAUCAGGUACUGUUUGGCAAUCCCUUGAUGGGUGUUUUCCCCUACAGUAGGUGCAGGUGGGACAGUUAGCAUCACCACCAGUUAACAAGGCAUGUGUAGUUCCUUCUUCCCUUCGUUUCGGUUUUGGUGGAGAGGUUUGUCCUUUGUUCACCGUAGACCCUCCUGCCCUUUCUCUUGCCUCAAGUUCUCUUUUAAAAAUAUUGAGCAAUUGAUCCAACUGCCAAUCAUCAUCUCCCAUUUCUCUUGUAAUAACAAGACGAAAUUCUUGAGGUAGCUUAUUCAUUAAGAUGGAUGAUAGCAAACCCCCAUACGAUUCACGUGAAACUCCUAAUGACUUUAAGCUUCUCACAUUAGAUUCAACAGUGUCGUGCAGCUGACGUAGGCUUCUUAUUGUUAAACAAGCCUUUCGUACUUCGCUAGAACUUCACUGUAAUGGUAAAAAUAGCUUUUACAAUAAUCUUAUGAAAAUAUCUGAAUAUUAUGACCUCCCUGAUUUUGAUCCUAAUAAUUUAAGUGAAGCUAAGAUCAAACACUAUAUAGAUAUAAUAAAACAAAAAUAUAUUGCAUAUUGGCAACAUACAAUCCAUCAUUCUAAGAAACUACAAUUUUACAGCUUAUUUAAACAUGAUUAUAAAAUUUCAAGUUAUCUAGACUUAAUUAGAAAUUCUGCGAAUAGGAAAGAUUUAGUGAAAAUUCGUAUAAGUAACCACAAACUCAUGAUUGAAACUGGAAGAUAUAAUCAAACUUCCCGCAACGAUAGACUCUGUCCUAUUUGUAACUCUGGUAUAAUUGAAGACGAAUUUCAUUUUCUCUUCCAUUGUCCAAAAUACUCAAUCCCAAGGGAGAAAUUCUACGAUCAAAUCCAACAAAAUUUUGUCGAUUUUGAUCAGCUAUCUUACACAGAAUUAAUAAUUAAAUUGAUGAAUUCACAGAAUUUUUCCGUAAAUUCACAUUUGUUGAAAUUUGUCUCAUUAUGUAAUGAUUUACGUAAUAAUUUGUUAUCAAGUCAUGCUGAUGACACUUGAUUGACGACAGUCAUCAUUGCAUUAUCAUUGUUACGAUUUGUUUGUUUGUUUGUUUGUUUGUUUUUAUAUUAAAGCUUUUGCAAUACUGUAACUACAUAAUUAUAGUCAUGCAAAUAAAGCUUAUGUUGUUGUUGUUGUUGUUGUUACAUGAUAGUGAGAUGUGACAGAUUCAAGAUUCAACAAAAUUUCCAUGUGACGAUUAAUUAUUUGCUGCUUGUUGCCAAAUCUAGCUUUCAAAAUGUCUACUGCUUCCUCAUAGUUCGAUGCCCCAAGACUUAACCCGGAAAUGGCCUCUGCCGCUGACCGUUCGAGCAACGAGUUUAGGUAGUUAAAUUUGUCAAUGGCAGUUAAACUCUCAUUUUUAUGAACUGAGGCUUCAAAACUAUCCCAGAAAGAAAUCCACUUACUGUGAUCGCCGUCGAACUUCUUUAACUCCAGCUUUGGCAAUUUAACUUGAGUAUUUCUCCGCACAGAUGAAGAGGAAUUCGGCGUUGAAGCUGAAGGAGGCGAAGAAUUACUCCCGAUUUGAACUUCAUUUGCUGACGUGCUUUCCGACACAUUCGCUUCGGUAUUUACAUUUGAACACACGACCUUCGGCGACCAGGCGUUUUCUAUGUUAGCAAUAGCCAACUGAACAUUUUCCUCCAGCAAAUCUGCUCGUUCAGUUUCACCUUCGAUUUCUUCUUCGGCCACAAGGUCAAGAAUUUCUGCAUCAAGUUGCCGAAGAGUAUUGAGUUUCUGCUGUAGGCUGUCCCUUUGUUGUUUCAGCUUGAUUUCGUGUUCCCGCACUUGAGAAAUGUCUCCUCCUCCAAGGACAUCAAUAACGGAUGAAAUAAUACGUUUCGCACUUGACCUGUGCCCUGCACGCUGCCGUCGCUUUCUGGCGAGUUCUUCGGCCAUAACACAACACAACUUCACUCACAACUCGUACGUAGAAUCCGCUUUUAUCCGGCUAACGAUGGACCAUGUAGGCGACUAUGAACUGUAUUUUAUUCCAAGGAUUGUCAGGCUCGAUUCCUAAAGGUUACAACUCUCCGAAGGGUCCAACUUCUAAAGGAUUCCACAGGAUUCCACAGAUUCAAUUCACUAAAGGCUCACAGAUCGUCAAGAUGGCUACAAGAACGCAACACGUUUUUCGGAUCUCUCCCAGAAGGCCUAGCGCGCUCCUAAACUCUUACGUCAUCGCGCACACCAUGUCUGUGGUACCAUUGUAGGCUGAUCGUAUGAUUGACAUGGGCUUUGAACCUGAUGUUCAGAAGAUCUUGGAGCAUCUUCCAGUGAGCAAUGUCAAACCUGAUUCAGAAGAUGCCGAGGAUCCAGAAAAGUUGUUAGCUUAUAUGGGAAAGGACAAGGUUAGACAGGUUCGUAUAAAUAAAUUAUUGAUUGAUUGAUUUAUUUAUUAAUUAAACCGCGGGCUCAAUGUUUCUGUGUUUUUAGACUGGGGUGCUUGUUAGAAGUAGGCGGGGCUUAAAGAAUUUUCACGGUUCACAUGAAGUUGCCUUUAAUAUAAUAGUGAACUUACACAAUAGGACGGGAAAGGAAAGAAGACGGCAAACCUUGUGUGACAAGCGUCACAAUAAUUUUGUUUGAAAAAACAGGCCAGAAAACAUUAAUGAUAAGGGAAGACCACGACAACACUCCCAAGUAAUAGUCCUGUCACGUUUGUCACGCAUAAGCGUUUUGCCGUCCUCUUCUUCCUGCCGUCCCCUUGCGUAAACUCACUAAUAUCUGUUUGUAGCCUUCGCAUUUCGUUUGCUUCAACAAGGAAAAUAGGAGACGUCUCGUCGAGGAGAUGAAGUUGAGACUCUAGUCGGUGGACAGUACUAGAAUGUAGUGUAACCACCAGUUGAACUUUUGAAAAAUAUUACAGAAGACCAGUGAGCUGAGAUCCCUAUCAUUGACUUUUCUGUUUCACCUUGUUUAGACUGUAAUGCGACAAUGCCUCCACAAGUAGAACGCUUGGCCAGAAACUAUCUAAGGUCAGUUAUCGGUUUGUACUGAAACUGUGUUUUCUAAAUGGAAUAGACGAUCUAUCCGCACACAAAGCCGCUCACAUUAACUAGAACUAACUAAAUAAUAAAUAAUCCCGGUAUAUACCCCUGGUAGAUUUCGAGCAGUCUCUCUUUUUUCUUGGUCCGUCGAACAAAACGCGCGUGACUGAAGGCGCGAGACGGGAGAGGCACGAAAAAAGAGAGACUCUCUUUUAUCUUCUCGGGCUGCCGCCCUCGUUUCUUCUGUCUCGCUCGAUGCUCGCGCGCGUGCAUUUCCCUCCCUAAAUCUGAAGAAAAAGAGAGACUGCUCGCAUUCUAACCCCCCAGCAGUAUUUACCGCACCAAGGCUGGUGAGACCGAGCAAACGACUGAAAGAAAUAGAUCAAAUAGACCAUUUCUGUACUCGAAAAGCCCUCGCUUUAAAAAAGCGAGGCCGUGUGUAUGACCCCAUUUGUGAAAAUGAGUUUCAUUUGCGUGAGAAUUAAAAAAUCGUUUUCAUAUCAAAGACUUCGCACACUUAGCUUCGUUUUAAAACAGAGGCUUGAGACAACUUGGAAUUGGCUGAUAAACGUAACGAGACUAACAAUACCAACUUAAUAGAGGCAAACCAGUUGGAUAUUUACAACCUUGGUUGGGGGUUUGAACAAAUCCAGCAAGCGGUUAGGGUGGGUAUUGAACCCAGGGUCUUCUUAUUGCAAGUCCAACGCCCUAACCACUCGGCCACGCUGCCUCCUACCCUUGUAGCCCCAAUAUCAGCACUCGCAUUCCAAUUCUCAUCAUAUUUAUCAUCAUCUGUACAUUUGGGUAGUGAUACGUUAGGGAGAAAUUAGAUGCUGAUCUACGUCAUAACACGAGAAGAAUUGACGGAGAAUUGUUUGUUGAAAAGCAACCUCAAGUGACUGGGAACCUAACAUUGUGAUUAUUUUUUUUUCCUUCAGGCGCCAGCUGUGGUUUACAUCGGUUCUAUAGGUAACUAUUGUUAAGAUCAAGUCUGUUUUAACUCUCCGUCAACGGGAUAUACAGUGUAACGGGGAUCUUUCUGUUUUUUUUUUCCCCUUUGCUGGAUUAUGACGGUCACACAUCGGUCAUUGAUGCUGCUUGUCCAACCAGUUUUACACCAUACUGAAUUAUGCCAGGGAUGAUUUCCUGAAAACUAGCUUACCACGUUAUGAUCUAAACUGAAGUUGUCAGGUUCAAAUUGCGAGCCCGAUUCCUCAAAAGAUAUCAGCUAAGUUUAACCCAGGGUAAAACCUAAUUUUAAGCAAAGUUUUCUUGUCUAGAAAAACAUAAUUGGAGGUUUUGAAAUAUUGUCCAGGUUAUUAAAGCGGGCAGCUCUUGUGUUUCUGUAUUAAAGUAAUUCGAUUUUCUCUCAUCACUUCACAGGCAGACCAGUCGAGAGAGUGGAACAGAAAGUUUAUUUGGUUAAAGAACGAGCAAAGAGGUACGCCUGCGUGUAUCAUCCUUUAUAUGUUUAUUAAACUGCAGUAAUGUAUGUAAAUUUCCUAACGCUAGAUUAAUUGAGGUGUACUGUUGUUUUCUAUCGUAAAACUGCGUUCUUCUUUUAUGUAAGUCUAUCCUGGAACUUCACAUCUUAUCUCUCAGCUACCUAUAACGUUUUGCUGUGUAUCUUUUUGUCCAAUUCAGAUUAAUAUUAACUCAAACUGCCAUUUUGGUACUAGAGGUAGAAAAGCGAGUUUUGAUUAGUAUUUUGGGGAAACUGUCAUAUAAUUGUUGUUGUUAUAUAGCUGGAAAUUUCUUCCCAACAGCAUGCUCUCAUUGGUUACUUCGAGGUCACAUGACAUCUAACAGUGAAACUGUUUCCCGCCAAAAUCUCUAAGCGGGCAACAUUGCAAAAUCUAUGACGUCAGAAGGUAACAGCGCACUGUUACCCGCGAAUGUUGACCGACGACCGCUGUCACAGCGAGGUGUAAUGAAUUUCCGGCUAUAUGACAAAUCACUGGUCCCUCGGGAAACAGUUAAUUUUGUUUCCCUCUAGUUUCAUGAUGCCGGAGAUCCUCGAGAAAUAAAAUCAACUGUUUCCCGAGGGACCAGUCAUUAAGUGUUUAUUGUUGUUUCCUUGACAGGAAGAAGUUGUUAGAGAUAUUGAACGCUGGCAUUGAUCCUCCGAUCAUGAUAUUUGUCAAUCAAAAGAAGGUAAGAGUUGCGUGUCACCGCAGCCGAUAGUUGAGAUGACGUACAAAAAAAGAAACCCACAGCAGCAGGAAAGAGUGAGAACCCUGAGAACAUAAAUGGCUUGAAGUGAAUUCCAAUGUCAUACUCGUAGUCGAUGAUCACGCACUCCGAGUCAUUGUUGCUUAUGAGACGACAUAUCUGUAAUAAAGUUUUGCUGAUUAACUCUUUUUCCGUCUGUCUUAGGGAGCGGACGUGCUCGCCAAGUCCCUGGAAAAAAUGGGCGUAAGUUAUUGUUUGUGUCUUUGGGCGUCAGUGAUUUUAUAUCUUUUCUCUUCGAUGAUGGCUAUGGUUUUGUUGUUGUUUUACCAGUGGCUGCUUGAACGCCAUUGCGAAUUACUUAAUUGUUUUUAUAUAAGAGAGUUUUGGGCCUGGUAAAACGAGCAAAUCCUGUUUUCGUCUUCAGUUUUGACGGACAGCGUAUGACGCGGAUCGUGAACACUCGGGCAAACGUUUUUCACUGUCAUUCUUAAAGUGCCUGGUUUACCCCUCUAUUUGAUUUCAUCUACGAUCGUUUUUAUCCUUUUGUGUCUUCAGUUGCAUACCUUCCCUUUUUUAAUUUUCGUUCCCGAGAGGUACUGACAUAACUUCCUGAAUUUUCUUUUAUAGUUCCGUGCUACAACUCUCCACGGUGGACGAAACCAAGAACAAAGGUGAGGUUUAG